GUGCUGGAGGCGGCCAAGAGGGCGAACCAGACGGGACACUUCAUCUGGAUGGGCUCGGACAGCUGGGGCUCCAAAAUCUCCCCGGUCCUGCACCUGGAGGAGGUGGCCGAGGGCUCCGUCACCAUCCUGCCCAAGCGGGUCUCGGUCAAAGGUUUCGACCGCUACUUCUCCAGCAGGACGCUGGACAACAACCGCCGGAACAUCUGGUUUGCUGAGUUUUGGGAAGAAAACUUCCACUGCAAGCUGAGCCGGCACGCGCUGAAGAAGGGCAGCAGCAUCAAGAAAUGCACCAACCGGGAGCGGAUCGGCCAGGACUCCUCGUACGAGCAGGAGGGCAAGGUCCAGUUCGUCAUCGACGCCGUCUAUGCCAUGGGACACGCUCUGCACAACAUGCACAAGAACCUCUGCCCUGGCAAGGUGGGGCUGUGCCCCCGGAUGGACCCUGUGGACGGCGUGGAGCUGCUCAAGUACAUCCGCAACGUCAACUUCUCAGGCAUUGCUGGGACUCCUGUGACCUUCAACGAGAAUGGAGACGCACCAGGACGCUACGACAUCUACCAGUACCAGAUCAGGAACUCCACUCCCGAGUACAAAGUCAUCGGGCAAUGGACCGACCACCUCUACCUAAAAGUGGAGAACAUGCUGUGGCCGGGGGGUGGAAGCCAGCUCCCCAGCUCCAUCUGCAGCCUACCCUGCAAGCCGGGUGAGAGGAAGAAGUUGGUGAAGGGCAUUCCCUGCUGCUGGCACUGCGAGCGCUGCGAUGGCUACCAGUACCAGCUGGACGAGUUCCACUGCAAACGGUGCCACUUCAAUGAGCGGCCCAACGAGAACCACACCAGCUGCACCCCCAUCCCUAUCAUCAAGCUGGAGUGGAGUUCGCCCUGGGCCGUGGUCCCCGUCUUCAUCGCCAUCGUGGGCAUCAUUGCCACCCUCUUUGUGGUGGUCACCUUUGUGCGCUACAACGAUACGCCCAUCGUCAAGGCGUCGGGGCGGGAGCUGAGCUACGUCCUGCUGACGGGCAUCUUCCUCUGCUAUGCCACCACCUUCCUCAUGAUUGCCGAGCCCGACUUGAGCACAUGCUCCUUGCGACGCAUCUUCCUUGGGCUCGGCAUGAGCAUCAGCUACGCUGCUCUGCUCACCAAGACCAACCGCAUCUACCGCAUCUUCGAGCAGGGCAAGAAGUCAGUGAGUGCCCCCCGGUUCAUCAGCCCUGCUUCCCAGCUGGUCAUCACCUUCAGCCUCAUCUCGCUGCAGCUCGUGGGUGUCUGCAUCUGGUUCAUCGUGGACCCGUCCCACUCUGUCAUUGACUACGAGGACCAGCGGACUACAAAUCCCCACUUUGCCCGGGGCAUCCUCAAAUGUGACAUUUCGGACCUCUCUCUCAUCUGUUUGCUUGGGUACAGCAUGCUUCUCAUGGUCACCUGCACUGUGUACGCUAUUAAGACCCGCGGGGUCCCGGAGACCUUUAACGAAGCCAAACCCAUUGGGUUCACCAUGUACACUACUUGCAUUGUGUGGUUAGCCUUCAUCCCUAUAUUUUUUGGGACAUCGCAGUCGGCGGAAAAGCUGUGGUGGGUCUCAGCUCAUGCCCUUGUGUCUUGCAGAACGACGCUCACCAUCUCGGUGAGUCUGAGUGCCUCGGUGUCCCUGGGCAUGCUCUACAUGCCCAAGGUGUACAUCAUCCUCUUCCACCCGGAGCAGAACGUCCCCAAGCGUAAGCGGAGCCUCAAGGCGGUGGUGACUGCGGCCACCAUGUCCAACAAGUUCUCUCAGAAGGGAGGUUUCCGCCCCAAUGGAGAGGCCAAAUCGGAGCUCUGUGAAAAUCUGGAAACACAAGCACUGGCUACCAAACAGACCUACGUCAGCUAUAGCAACCACGCGAUUUAG